CAGCGGCGCACAUGACAGCUAUUUAAAUACCCCUUAUGGCGCGGUGGGAGAAAAGUUUUCUUCCCGUGAUCAGGAUUUUAUCGUGCGUCCACCAUUGAAGUUUCUAUGGAUUCAGAAGGCCUUCUCCAGUGUCCUUAUGACAAGAAUCACAUGAUUCGGCCCUGCAGGUUCCCUUAUCACCUUGUGAAAUGCAGAGAGAAUAAUCCUUCAGUGGCCAAGGUGACUGCAACCUGCCCAUACAAUGCCCGUCACAGAGUACCUAAAAGGGAGCUUCAGCUGCAUAUGUCAACUUGUGAAAACAGAGUUUCCCUGGACAAUCUUCCUGCAAUGAUGCAGCCUGAGGAUGCAAGCUCGGCAUGGCAGAGUCCUCCCUGUGAGGAAAACUGGGAAGAAGAGGAGUCUUCUGAAGCUAAGACACCUUUUGUCUUAAAUGGGUUUGGGAAUGUCCAGCCUUAUGACAAGUCUGAAAAUAACAGUAGACCUGAAGGUGUCCGGUCUUACAAGCCUCAACGACGUUUCAAGUAAACAUGAGGAUGUCGAAGCUCAUCUGGAGCCUUAUGUGGUGGACACAAACUGUUUUUAAUAAUAUUUUAACAUCAUUUUUGAAAAUCUUUUAUAACUGAUCCACUUCACCUGGAA